AUGUCAGCAAGUCUGCGCACUCCUGAGCUGACAUGGGAGCGAGUUAGGUCUCAGGUUGAUCAUGUUAUUUGGCCUGAUGGGAAAAGGAUCGUUCUUUUGGCAGAGGGACGUCUCCUUAACCUGAGCUGUUCUACUGUCCCAACAUUUGUUCUAUCUAUUACUGCGACCACACAGGCAUUGGCUCUGAUUGAACUCUACAAUGCCCCAGAGGGUCGCUAUAAACAGGAUGUCUACCUGUUGCCUAAGAAGAUGGAUGAAUAUGUGGCCAGCCUUCAUCUUCCCACUUUUGAUGCCCACCUCACUGAGCUAUCAGAUGAGCAGGCCAAGUAUCUGGGUCUGAACAAGAAUGGACCUUUCAAACCAAAUUACUACAGGUAUUGAGUUCAUCUGAAUACUGCAUUCGAGGAGCAAUUGAAAAAUGGGGAAAUCUGGAAUAAAUAUAAAAAUAUGAAGCCUUUCACAGCCACUGUACAGCCAGCUCUUAUAUCAAGAACUGGACUCUCUGCCAUAUUAGUAAACAUGUUAUUUAUUACAGAAAAGCCGCCUAGAAUAGACUUUACCUGCUCUCUGUGCUAGUCCACAGGUUGUUGGGUUAUGGGGGGAGCUGUGCCUGUAAGACUGUAGCAGUUCCCCCCAGUCAUGCUGUACUUACAGGCUUAUAGCAAUCUCUUAACACUGCUUAUCCCAGCAGCACGUGGGAAGGGGAACAAGUUAACUAGCAUGAAACCUGAAUUUAAAA